GGGGCGAGAUGUCGUCUUAAAUAGUUUUUUUUUUUUUUUUUUUUUCACUGACCCAGAUUUUCUUUGCUCAGGCUCCCACAUCAAGACUUAGGUAUCUGCGGGAACUGCCCCGUGACUGUUCGAGAAGAUGCCGUAUCUUGGCUCCGAGGACGUGGUGAAGGAACUGAAGAAGGCUCUGUGUAACCCUCACAUUCAGGCUGAUAGGCUGCGCUACCGGAAUGUCAUCCAGCGUGUGAUUAGGCACAUGACUCAGGGAUUGGACAUGUCCAGUGUUUUCAUGGAAAUGGUGAAAGCGAGUGCUACUGUAGAUAUUGUUCAAAAGAAGUUAGUUUAUUUAUACAUGUGCACAUAUGCACCUCUGAAACCAGAUCUGGCUCUCCUGGCCAUCAAUACACUGUGCAAAGACUGUUCAGACCCCAAUCCAAUGGUGCGAGGGCUGGCACUGCGAAGUAUGUGUAGCCUCAGGAUGCCUGGUGUGCAGGAAUAUAUCCAACAGCCAAUUCUCAACGGUUUGAGGGAUAAAGCUUCAUAUGUCCGGAGGGUGGCAGUCCUUGGCUGUGCCAAGAUGCAUAAUCUUCAUGGAGACUCUGAAGUGGAUGGUGCUCUGGUAAAUGAAUUAUACAGCUUGUUGCGUGACCAGGAUCCAAUUGUGGUUGUGAACUGCCUGAGGUCUCUAGAGGAAAUUCUGAAACAGGAAGGAGGUGUUGUCAUCAAUAAGCCCAUCGCCCACCAUCUUCUAAAUAGAAUGUCAAAACUGGACCAAUGGGGCCAGGCUGAAGUAUUGAACUUUCUGCUCCGCUACCAACCCCGCAGUGAGGAGGAACUAUUUGAUAUUCUCAAUCUGUUGGACAGCUUUCUCAAGAGCAGCAGCCCAGGAGUGGUGAUGGGAGCCACCAAACUCUUUCUAAUUUUGGCAAAAAAGUUUCCCCAUGUACAAACUGAUGUGCUUGUUCGAGUCAAGGGACCUUUGCUAGCUGCCUGUUCUUCAGAGAGCCGGGAACUCUGUUUUGCUGCCCUCUGUCAUGUGCGCCAGAUCUUGCAUAGUUUGCCAGGUCACUUUAGCAGCCACUACAAAAAGUUUUUUUGCUCUUACUCAGAGCCCCACUAUAUCAAGCUGCAGAAAGUAGAGGUGCUAUGUGAACUGGUAAAUGAUGAGAAUGUGCAACAGGUACUAGAGGAGCUUCGUGGGUACUGCACUGAUGUGUCUGCUGACUUUGCACAGGCUGCUAUCUUUGCCAUAGGUGGAAUUGCCAGGACUUACACAGAUCAAUGUGUGCAGAUUCUAACAGAGUUGCUGGGACUUCGACAAGAACACAUAACCACAGUGGUGGUGCAGACGUUCCGAGACCUGGUUUGGUUGUGCCCUCAGUGUAUUGAAGCAGUGUGUCACGCUCUGCCUGGCUGUGAGGAGAACAUUCAAGACAGUGAGGGGAAGCAAGCACUUAUUUGGCUACUUGGGGUUCAUGGGGAAAGAAUCCCCAAUGCUCCUUACAUAUUAGAGGACUUUGUAGAAAAUGUUAAGUCAGAGACAUUUCCAGCUGUUAAGAUGGAGCUACUCACUGCACUCCUGCGCCUUUUUCUCUCUCGCCCUGCCGAAUGCCAAGACAUGCUGGGACGUCUGUUAUAUUACUGCAUAGAGGAAGAAAAGGAUAUGGCCGUACGGGACCGAGGUCUCUUUUAUUAUCGCCUCCUCUUAGUUGGCAUUGAUGAAGUUAAGCGGAUCCUGUGUAGUCCUAAAUCUGACCCUUCUCUUGGACUUUUGGAGGAUCCAGCAGAAAGACCUGUGAAUAGUUGGGCUUCUGACUUCAACACUCUGGUGCCAGUGUAUGGCAAAGCCCGCUGGGCAACUAUCUCUAAAUGUGUAGGGGCAGAGCAUGGUGGUUCAGAGCUUUCUCAUGCAGCACCCUUCACCAUAUCAGGACACCUGAUUUCUGAAGAGAACAAGGAAAGGGUACAAGAAACCCCUGAUUCUGAAGCUUUCAUGCUAGUCCCCAAUUGCCAGCUUACCGCUGAGUAUUUUGAGAAAACUUGGCUUAGUCUCGAAGUCGCUCAUCAGCAGGUUCUACCUUGGCAGGGAGAAGUCCAUCCUGACACCCUCCAGAUGGCUCUACAAGUAGUGAACAUUCAGACCAUCGCAAUGAGCCGGGCUGGGUCUCAACCAUGGAAGGCCUACCUCAGUGCUCAGGAUGAUACUGGCUGUCUGUUCUUAACAGAACUGUUGUUGGAGCCUGAGAACUCAGAAAUGCAAAUCUCUGUGAAACAAACUGAAGCAAAAACUGAGAAACUGAACAGUUUUAUGUCUGUAUUAGAAACUGUAAUUGGAACAAUUGGAGACAUAAAAUCAUAACAGAUCCUUGCUGCUUGCUCUUAGUGCAAUGAAUAGCUAUCAGAGUUCCUUUUUUUUUUUUUUUAAUUUUAGCUACUUAUAAGUCCAGAUUAUAUCAGAAGUAGAGACAAAUGGGAAAUAUAGAAAUCAGGAUUCUUGUGAAUUGUUGGUUUUUAUUUUUGUUUUUUGUCAGUACCAGGGAUGCUUAAUCACGAAGCCACAUCCCCAGUCCUUUUUAUAUUUUAUUUUAAGAAAACAUCUCACUAAAUUGCUUAAGGCCUUGUUAAGUUGCCCAGACUCAUCUCAGACUUGUGAUCCUCCCUCUUCAGCGUCCCAAGUCACUGGGAUUACAGGCUUGCACCACUUUGCCUGGCUGGUCUCAUAUUUCUAAUCAUGCUUUUAGUCCAGGGUCCAAAGUCCUUUGUGUAGCCUCUAAAAUACCUCUUUGGUGUCAUGUCUCACCAUUCCCACAACACCCUCUUCUGACAAAUGCAAACCAGUUUCAGUUUCCUGAAUGCUCUAAUGUCUGUGCCUUAACACCUGCUUUUAUAUCCUGCCUAGAACAUUUCCUCACUUUAAUUAACACCUGCUGUGUCUUUCAGUAUUUAGCUCAGUCACAGCUCUGUCAGGAAGUGUUCCAUGACUCUCACAGCCUACCCUUUGUUCAGGCUGUCAAAGUGGCCAGUGCAUACCUCUAGCACUGCUAUCCUAACUUUUCUUGUCACUUGUCCUCACUUUUUAUUUUAUUCAUACCAAUCACAUGUUACAUGUUGAGACCACUAAUACAAAGAACAGUUCUAAUAAAUAAUGGUAAAAUAUAAAUAAGAUUUAACUAUCCAGAAAGGGGAAAAUGAAAAUACUGGUUAAGGCCAAUGUGUUGGGAUAGGGAAAUACACAAAUGUUUAGGCUAACAGGACUGACAUGAUAUAGUUGUGUCUCAGCUAUGGCUCUAUAGAUGACUAAACAGUCAUAAUGAAAGGAAACAGUUAUAUAAUUGUCAUCGAAGAGGAAGAAAUUUUCCAUUUUUAAUUUCUAAAGAAAUUAUAGGGUUGGGGAGAUAGCUCAACUGGUAGAGUGCUUGCCUUGCAAGCACGAAGCCGUGAGUUCGAUCCCCAGUACCACAAAAAAAAAAAAAAAAAGAAAUUAGUUUUAGAAACUAUAUGUGUAUGUAUAUGUAUAUGUAUGUAUACAUGUGCCAUGUGUAUGUAUAUGUAUAUGUACUUAAAUGACCCUAUAAGAAAUUAGUAAAACUUUUCACAUGACUUUUUUUUUUUUUUUUGGUACUGGGGUUGAACUUUACCACUGAGCUAAAUCUAUAGCCUUCUUUUUAAACUUUGAGACAGGAUCUCACUAAGUUGCUGAGGCCAGCCUCAGACUUGGAAUCCUCCUACCUCUGCCUCCUGAAUUGCUAUGAUUAUAGGGGUAUGCUACUGCUUCUAGAUACAUGUCUGUUUUCUUAUAGGGUUCUUCAGUAAAAUUAGAGAGCAUAACUUAAACAUGGAGCUUAAUAAAGGCAUUUCUUCAAAGAUUUCGGAUAACAUUGUCCAAGUAUACAACCUUCAUCAUCCAACUUAAUUCCAAGACUUCUACACCUAGAUUUAUAAACUGCAUGUGCUUUAGAUAAGAUUUCACUUGUCACUUCUCUCAACAAGUCUCUUCACAGGAGUAGAUAAUAGAACUGAAUUUUCUAGUAAGAGCCUGAAUUUUCUAAAUUGUUUAAUAAAGGGUCUUCCUCUUGCCCCAGUGGACAAUUUCUAUGAACAGUGGAUGUCUUUCCCUCUAUGUCCAUGAUUCCUGCCAUAUAAUAUUACUUAGUAAAUAUUAAUUGACUGUAAAUAAUUAAGAUUCCAAUAGUGUUUUGAGAUUGGUAUUUUAUUAUAUCAUAUCAACUGUAGGCCAGGACUUCUUAAAAGUGUCAGUUUUAACAUCUGCUUUGGGGGACAAUUUGUUAUGGAAGGAUAAUUUAUUUCCUGUGCACUGUAAGAUGAUUAUUAGUAGCAACUCUGGGCUUCUACCUGCUGUAUGCCAAUAGACAUCCUGUUGUGACAACUAGAAGUAUCCCCAGAUAUUUCCAAAGGACCUGGGGAGGCAACAUUGCCCCCAUUUGAAAAUCACUAAUCUAGACUAUGAAUCCCCAGGAAAUGGACAGGGAGAAAUGAGAACUUCUUCAGAAUUACUUUUUCCAUAUUUUUAUUUGUUCAGUUAUUCCAUGAAUGUCUAGUUAAGGUACUAUGAGAAAUGAAGUGUGAAGUACUUCCGAUUUAAAGUAUGGCAAGAAAAUAGGAUACAAGUUUGGAACUUGAGUAAAAUGAUUGAUGUUUAAAAAUGAAAGACGACAGUCAGGUGUGGUAGCACAUGCUUGUAAACUCUGGAGGCUGAGGCAGGAGGAGUCCAAGUUCAAGGCCAGUCUCAGCAACUCAGCAAGGCCCUAAGCAACUCAGUGAGACCCUGUUUCAAAAUAAAAAAUAAAACGGGCUGGGAAUGUGUCUCAGUGGUUAGUUACCCCUGGCUUCAACCCCUGGUACCCAAAAUAAAUAAAUAAACACAAAUUAGGGAAGAACUGAUUCUUUUCUGUAGCCUUUUUUUUUUUUUUCAUUUUUUAGUUUAUUUUUAAACUGGUACAUAUUUACACUAUACAUAUUUAUGGAGUAUCAUGUGGUGUAUAGUUUGGUUUUGAUAAUUUAUAAACAAUAUGACCAAAUUUAAGUGUCCUGGGGAGUUUAUUCUUAAAUGUUUCUUGCCCUUAGGAGCUCUGUCUAGCUUCUACAUACAUGUGGAUUUUUGUGUUGUCGUUUUUAGUACUAGGGAUUGAACCCAGAGGUACCUUACUACUGAGCAACAUCCCCAGCUCCUUUGUAUUUUUUGAGACAGGGUCUCCCUAAGUUGCUUAGGACCUUGCUAAAUUGCUAAGACUGGUCUUGAACUUGCAAUCCUCCUGCCUCAGCCUCCUGUCACUGGGAUUAUAGGCACACACCAUCAAACCCAGCUCAUAUGUGUAGUUUGAUGGUGUGAUGUAAGUGGAUGCUUAUCUUUAAAAGUCCUUGAGGGUAGUUGUUACUGUGUUCUGAGAAUAAUAGUCUUCUAAUGUUAGCCUUAGUUGAUAUAACUUAUAUAUUGAGUGCCCAGGAAGACGUGGUGGGGAACAUGGUAGAGGCAGUCACUUCAUGGUUACUAACCCUAAUUUUUAUUGUUGUGGACCAAUGACUGUUACAUGUCUCCAUUCUCCCUCUUUUUGAAUGGGUGGCCUAUUAGAAUUAUUAGAUCCCUUUCUCGGAUAUUGGGUGUUUAGGGGAGAGGAGAAACAUGACUUGUUUUCUUUGCUAUAGCUUUUCAUGUUGAGAAGAGCUGCACCCCAGGAUUCAUCCACAUAUACACUUGGUGCAAAUGACAAGAUCCUGGACUUCUAUCCAGGAUGAUACAAUAAGACAAAGCUUUUCCAGGAGGGAUAUAAAUUGUGGCCAGAGGGAAGCAAGAGAAACAAGUAUUAUUGACAAAUUCUGACUUAAUAAUUUUUUCAGUAAUAUUUAGGAGCACAAUAUUAAGAUUUUAAGGGUGAAUGGUUUUAAGGCUGAGGGGAAGGGAUGGUUUGGGAGGGUGCUACACUGAAGGCCCAAAGAGAAGUAAACAGAGGAUGAAAAUGUAUUCCAUGUUGUCCAUUGAAGCUUGUACUCUAUUUCUAUAGCCUUACAAUAUUGCUUAUAUGAGAUAAUACAAAGGGGUCAAGGUUAGGUUCCAAGAAUGGCAUUUCCCAUAAGCAUAUCAACAGUGAAAUGAGAAGUGUGGUUUAUUAUGGAAGAAGCUUAAACUUGAGGAAAAAUAAGCCAAUUAGAAUAAAAUUGCUUUUUUUUGGUAGUAGACUUUGUAAUCUAAUUUAUGAAUACACUUGACAUAAGAAAUAUUACAAACAGAUCCCAUAAUAGGUAAGGCUUUUCUUAGAAACACAUUGACUCAGAGUAUUUGCAGUUUUUAUUCCACCUCCUUAACCACAUGUCAAAGCUAACUCAGAAACACAAAACUGAGGGCUCUUCUGAUGUUAGAGGUCUUAAAACUACUUAGUAUCAACUGAAGUUUCAGUACUUUUGUCUUACAGAGAGGAUGAGUGAGAGAUGGUAACAAAUGAAAACGGCCCUCUCACUACAAAGGAACUUAAUUUCUGUUCCUAGUACAAAAGCAAUUAUGAUUUUUUUAAAGAUUUUUUUUUAAGAGCAUUUUUAGGGCCAGGUGUUGUGGCACACUCAGUAUUCCUGCAACUCAGGAGACUGAGGCAGGAGGAUCCAAGUUUGAGGCCAGCCUUGGCAACUUAGUGAGACCUGUCUCAAAAUUUUAAAAAUAAAAAGGGCUGUCAUUGUAGCUCAAAGGUAGAGCACCCCCUGGGUUCAAUCCCCAGUACCUCAAAUAACAAGUAAAUAAAAGAAUUGAGAGGAAGGUACAGAGAUUUCUCAUACACUGUCUGCUCCCAUAUGUACAGUCUUCCUCACUAUCAACAUCCCCAACCAUAUAACUGUUAAAACUGAUGAAUUUGCCUAAUCAAUUACCUGUCACUUGAAGUUCAGUCAUCAUCUAAAUUCCUCUUUGUCUUUUUUUUUUUUUUUGGCAAGAGAGGGGAUUUGGGGAGUUGGGGAUACAAGAGAUUGAACCCAGCAGGGCUGAGCCACAUCCCCAGCCCUUUAUUAUUUUUUAUUUUGAGGCAGGGUCUCGCUGAGUUGCUUAGACCAUCACUAAAUUGCUGAUGCUGGCUUUGAACUUGCAAUCCACUUCCCUCAGCUUCCCAAGUUGCUGACCUUACAGGGGUGCACCACCAUGCCCAGCCCUCUUUGUUUUUUCAUCACUUGCUGACUCAUUUCUUUUUAGUGCUUAAUAAUAUCUUAUUGUCUGGAUGUACCACCGUUUAUUUAUCCUUUCAUUUACUGAAGGACAUCUUCAUUGCCUCCAAGUUGGGGCAAUUAUGAAUAAAGUUUUCAUAAAUAUUCAUGUGCAGGUUUUUUGUGUUGAUAUA